AUGGCUACAGCAAAUAAUUCUCAAACUUCAAAUGCCGUAGACGAAUGUUCGAUUUGUUUGAGUUCAUUGACACAACAAGGUCUUGAUAUAUUUACUACAGCAUGUAAACAUCAAUUUCAUUUUCAAUGUUUGGCCAAAAAUGUUCAAGCACAAAACAAUGAAUGUCCUUUAUGUCGAACUCGUCUUGAUUCUUUGGUUAAUAUACUCAAUGCAUCAUCGACUACUAAUCAAUCACUACCUAUUCAACAGGUUUCAACACAGCCCAUAAUACCCAUACAAACUUCACCACCACCAGCAAACAAUACAGGUGUUUGGGGUACAUUAACGAAAUCAUUAAGCAAUGCAUUUAGUUGGAUUAGUGGUGGUUCAAACAGAGCUGCUUCUUCGUCUAAUCAUAACAAUGCACAGUCGAUAUUCAAUUUUUCUACUGAUACUUCGUCCUCAGAAGAUCUCAUUGACGAGGAAGCUGUUCGUAUUCUUUCAGCUCGUAUUAAUGCUGCUCGACAACAAUCUAUUGAAGAUUAUUCUCAGUUUCCUUUGAUUACUACAACUACUACACUAGAAUUUGGUGCUCAAGAAUCAACAAAAGAAUCUAACAUUUUUGGAAUGGUUACAUUAAAAGCGCCAUCAUUACUUUCAAAGACAGCAAGUGAAAAAGAACUUGAUGAAUUACAUGUUCCUCUCGAUCUUAUUUGUGUUGUUGAUCAAAGUGGUUCAAUGUCGGGAGACAAAAUAGCUUUACUAAAAGAUACACUAAACUAUAUAGUUGAUCAAAUGGGUUCAUUAGAUCGAUUAGCUGUUAUUUCAUUUGAUACUCGAGCAUUCGAUCGAUCGAAAGGUCUCAAACUAAUGACAACACAGAACAAACAAACUCUUCGAAAUGCAAUCACACAUCAUAUUCAAGCGAAUGGUGGUACAUAUAUUGGUAAAGGUCUUGAAAUGGCAAUUCAACUGUUGAGAAAUCGUCGAACAACUAAUUCAUUAGGGGCUAUGCUUCUUCUUACUGAUGGACAAGAUAAUCAACAUCAUGAUUAUUCAUCAUUAAUGAGAUCAUUGCCUGAAAGUGUUGUUUGUCAUACAUUUGGUUAUGGUUCUGAUCAUAAUGCUGCAUUACUUUCUCAACUAGCUGAACAAGGUCAUGGAGGUACUUUUACCUAUAUUGAUCAAGUUGAUGCAGUUGGUCAUGCAUUUGCUACAGCACUUGGUGGACUUUUUACAUGCAUUGCAAAACAAAUACAUGUUAAAUUACAAUUCAAUGAUGAUUAUAAAAUUACUCAUAGUCAUACAAUUUAUCAAUAUGAACCAAAAGAUUUACCAUCUCGUGAAAUAACGUACAAAAUGACUGAUCUGAAUGCUGAUGAAUGUCGAAAUCUUGUUUUUCAAUUACAUAUACCAAAACUUCAUCCAUCAAAUGAAAACAGUUCAAAUGAUCAUACCAUUGGUCAUGUAUCUCUUGAAUAUAGAGAUGCCAAUACUGAUCAGAUAGUUCAUACACCUCAUGUUCCAUUUAUACUUGCUCGUCCAAAUCAAAUAGAUCCUCGAUCAUCACUUUUACAAGUCAACUAUGAACUUGAUAUACAACGUAAUCGAUCAGAAACAAGUCAAGUAUUGAAAGAAGCAGUUAAAGAAAAUAACUAUGAACGUGCUCGUGCUAUGAUCAAUAGUCAAAUAGCAAAAAUUCGUUCAUCAGUUUCAGCUGAAAAUCCACUAUGUCAACAACUAAUACGUGAUUUAGAACAUCAAUAUUUAAAUCAACGGGAGUUUCAAACAACAAUGACAAAUAUGUAUAUGCAACAUGGACAAGAACGUGCAACAUAUUCAACGAUUGCAACAGUUAGUGCAAAUUGUUAUAUGACAUCAGGUCAAGAACGUUUUCGAAGCAAAUAUAGAUCUUAA